AUGCGCUUCACCAUCGCCACCUUCCUCACUCUCUCUCUCGGCCCCCUCGCCCUCGCCGACUUCAACAUCGACCUCUACACCAGCACCGACUGCACCGGCGAUAAAAUCGGCACCUGGACUGGACCCGAAGGCGACGGGCCAGACACCUCCGGAGACUAUGAAUGGACCGGCCACCUCGGCUCCGUAAACAUAAACCAUCUGGGUCAGUGGAACACACAACUCAACACCAACGUGCACUGCCUGGCGACUUCCAUCACCUGCUGCCAAUAUGCUCCCGACUGCAGGGACGGAGUCAAUCUGCCGAGUUCGGGAUGCUACAAGGUCGAUGAGGAUAUCACGGGGUUGGGCAUGACAUUUACGGUUUGUGACACAAGCACCGUGAUCUCUCGAGUAGUGACAUAUCCAUUUCGCUCUAUCCGCGCAGCAACAUUAAAAAAAGACGUCCUCAAUGCUGCUAUACGCAGUCUCCUCACUCACAUUACCGUCGCUCAAUCUCGCUACCUGAAUCCCUCAACCACUUCCCGGUACCUCUCCUUCUGCAAGUCCCAGGCCAAAACCCCUUCAUCUCUUUCCGUUGCCUACAAUUCGAAAGAGAAGGGCAAAGGCGAGGCGUGCGCGCACUGGAUAGGCAACCCGGAAGCUGAUGCGGUGAUCCUGUAUUUCCACGGUGGCGCAUUCUUCCAGCCCGCGACUGCAGGCACGUUUCUCUACCUGCAGGACCUGGUCCAAAAAGUAGGCAAAGAAAAGGGAAAGAGUGUCGCGGCGCUUGUAGUGGCGUAUAGUCUGGCUCCCGAAGCUACUUUCCCCACGCAGCUCCGCGAAGGAGCCGCUGUGCUCAAGUACCUCCUUACUCCAUCUGACCCGGAGUCGAAAAGGAGGGAAGCUGGGCAUGUGUAUUUGAGCGGUGACUCCGCAGGUGGGAACAUUGCGCUGGCGCUUGUUUCGCAUUUACUGCAUCCGCAUCCGGAGGUGGAAGAAAUCAAAUUGAAAGCACCGCUAGGCGGUGUGCUGCUGUAUAGUCCGAGCGUAAGCCAUAGCUUGGACUGGGACAGCAUGAGUCGGAAUGCCGAGAGGGAUAUGCUUCCUGCGUGCAAAGUUCCGGUAUGGGCCGCGGUGUAUAUAGGGAAGACGGACUCGCUUCAGACUUCGACUGUUGGGUUGAGGCUCGAGACGGAUGCGUAUUCUGAGCCUUGCGUUGCUGAUGCGUCUUGGUGGAUGGAUUUACAUAAAUUGGUAGGAUCCGUCCUGGUGUUGAGUGGUGGAGAGGAAAUCUUUGCGGAUCCCGCGCGCGAGCUUAGGAGGAAGAUGGAGGAAGGUUGGAGGGAAGGAGAGGGGGAGAGUUGUGCGGUCAUGUUCGUGGAGACCCCAGGAGAGACGCAUAUCGGGCCCAUCGUUGACUUCAUGAUGUCUGGUGGGAGAGGAGAUUCGAGUUCACAGAAAGUGGUGGCAGAAUGGUGGGCGGCACGACUGGAGAACUAA